AUACGCUGUCAGUGCCUCGCUGGUCCCCGCAGAUCCCCCGGCGGGAUCUGGGAAACUCCAUAAAACACAGGUUUUCCACCAAGUACUGGAUGUCUCAGACCUGCACUGUCUGUGGGAAAGGAAUGUUGUUCGGCUUAAAAUGCAAAAACUGCAAGCUCAAGUGCCACAACAAAUGCACCAAAGAGGCCCCUCCGUGUCACCUGCUGAUCAUCCACCGAGGAGGGAGACGAGCCGUGCGGGGCGAGGCAGAUUUGCAUUGCAAACCACUUCCACCCACCCUCCCCCUGCCUCCUUUUCUUUUCAGAUUCCCCACAGCACGGGCAAGGUUAGUCCGGACAGAGUCAGUGCCCUGCGACAUCAACAACCCCCUGCGGAAGCCCCCCCGCUACUCGGACCUGCACGUCAGCCAGACCCUGCCCAAAACCAACAAACUCAACAAGGACCACAUACCCGUGCCCUACCAGCCGGAUUCCAGCAGCAACCCCUCCUCCACCACGUCGUCCACGCCCUCCUCGCCGGCCCCGCCGCUGCCGCCCAGCGCGACGCCCCCGUCCCCCCUGCACCCCUCCCCGCAGUGCCCCCGCCAGCAGAAGCAGUUCAACCUGCCAGCUUCCCAUUAUUACAAGUACAAGCAGCAGUUCAUUUUCCCAGAUGUGGUGCCUGAGACUCCAACCCGAGCCCCACAGGUCGUCCUCCACCCCGUCACCUCCAACACCAUCCUGGAAGGAAACCCAUUGCUUCAAAUUGAAGUGGAGCCCACCUCGGAGAAUGAGGAAGGCCCCGAGGAGGCUCAGGAGUCCGAGGACGACUUCGAGGAGAUGAACCUGUCGCUCCUCUCCGCCCGCAACUUCCCGCGCAAGGCCAGCCAGACCAGCAUCUUCCUGCAGGAGUGGGACAUCCCCUUCGAGCAGCUGGAGAUCGGGGAGCUCAUCGGGAAGGGCCGCUUCGGGCAGGUCUUCCACGGGCGCUGGCACGGCGAGGUGGCCAUCCGCCUCAUCGACAUCGAGAGGGACAAUGAGGACCAGCUGAAGGCCUUCAAGAGGGAGGUGAUGGCCUAUCGGCAGACGCGGCACGAGAACGUGGUGCUCUUCAUGGGAGCCUGCAUGAGCCCGCCCCACCUCGCCAUCAUCACCAGGCCAGGCUGGGGCUGCAACCCUGGGGAAAUGCUGGCCAGCAAUGUCAGGGUGGUGGCCACCAGUGUAGACAUGUUGGCCACCAGGGUAGAGAUGAUGGGCACCAGGGUAGAGACCAUGGCUGUCAGUGUAGCGGUGGUGGCCACCAGUGUAGAGGUGGUGGCCACCAGUGUAGAAGCAAUGGCCAUCAAUGUGGAGGUGAUGGCCAUCAAUGCAGAGGUGGUGGCCACCAAUGUAGAGGUGACGGCCACUAGUGGAGAGGUGAUGGGCACCAGUGGUGGUGGCCAUUAG